AUGAAGGCUCUCCCGAUCGCCUUCCGCCGUGUACAGGCACUUCCUGGCACGUCCAGUGGCAAUUAUCGAUACGUAAUCAAUGCACGUAAUGAGAAAUUACCUCAGCAACACGUAGGUGUUGCAUUGAUACCUGAAGCUGCAGUACAUAGGACUAAAAACCGUCAAAAACUACCGACAGCUUGGAUGCCGAUGGGAUUAAGCUAUGGCAAUGUCCGUAAAAGCUGGAGAGGAUCAAUACAAAAGCUUGCAUCGUAUCCAAAGCUACAAGGAAUUGUGCUCGAAGUUGCAAGCUUUCUUACAAAACCAGAGAAGCUCGAUUUUCAUUUGCCACGGGAUUUCCAUGCCAAGUACAAACUUGGAGACAAAUUGGGCGAAGGAGCAUUUGGGAUCGUGUAUUGUGCACUUCCAAGACAUUCUGAGCUGCGUAGUAGUGACUUACAGCUGGAUUUAGCGGUAAAGGUUGUGUCCAAGGCUCGAAUAGGUACUUGUUAUGACUAUGCUGCGUUAAAACAAGAAGCACGCAUGAUGGAGUUACUAGGCGGAACGCUAAAUGUUGUGCACUUUUUUGGAGCGUAUGAAGAUGAUGCUAGUGUCUACUUUGUAAUGGAGCGUUGUGUGGGUGGAGAUGCAGCAACGCGGCUAUCUCGAGUCAAGGAACUGGACCUGAGUGCUAAUCUGACGCACGAGGAGCAAGCAAAGACGUACAUGCGAGAUAUUCUGCAUGUGGUAUGGCAGUGCCAUUUGCUGCGCAUUUUACACCGAGACGUGAAGCUUGAGAACUUUUUGUUUGCGGACACAAAGGAUGACAGUCCGCUUAAGCUGACUGAUUUUGGUGGCGCAGCAUUCUUAGAUCAAGGCGAGUUCUUGAAUGAUGUUCACGGUACGCCACUGUACACUGCACCAGAAGUGCUACAGCACAAAUACUCCUUCCCGUCGGAUGUUUGGAGCUGUGGAGUGAUUUUGUAUUGGCUAUUGAGUGGACGCUAUCCAUUCGAAGCUGGAGGGUUGCUAGACGAACGUAUAAUGCACGAAGAGGUUGAUCUAGAGACCCCGCCGUGGACUAGUAUUUCGGAUGAAGCCAAGGAUCUAGUGCACCAAAUGCUGGUGCGCGAUGUCUCGGAACGUCUCACAGCUGAGCAAGCACUACAGCACCCAUGGCUUGCUCCGAGUGCGCCGCUAUCCAUUGAGGCAUCUACUACGGCUUCUGCUGCUGCAAAGGAAGCUACAAAGAGAAUUACAGGUCCAGCGCUAAGCGGUACGCUUGUACAAAGGUUACAAUUCUAUCGAUCUCUCAACAGUCUGCAGCGUGCCUUACUGAACGAAGUAACUUGCCUGCUGCCUCUUGAACUAAAGCAAGACGUGAUGGUACUAUAUAGUGAAGUUUCUCGUGAUGGCAGUGAAAUUGUAGGUCUCGAGGAGUUUGCAGUUUACGUGGCAGCAGGUGGCUAUCAACUUACGACAGGCGAGGCAAAGGGUUUCUUAAGAAACUUGGACCUCAAUGGUGAUGGUCGAUUAUGUCGCGAUGAGUUUUGUGCUGCUUUGCUAGAUUGGUCGCUAGUCCAAAGCCAACAUCAUGACGUAUUUGCCAAGUGCAUUGACCAGGUCUUUGACAUGGUUGAUCAGGACAAGGAUGGUCUUGUGACAAUCGAGGACGUAGCUGACCUAACGCCAUUCCAAGCAAGCGGUAAAUCCUUGCAUUCGUUCCGAAACAACUUGAGUCGAUGUUUUCACUAUACUGAUCGUUCGGGUAGGGGCAGUAUUGACAAGAAAGACGUUAAGCAUAUGCUGCACAUUCCUGUAGAUGCAUACGCGCACUUUUCCAAGAGACUCAAGCUCUAG